AUGGCGAGCAAAUGCACUAUGCCUACUGGCAGGGAGUCUCCCUCGGUCCCCCGCUUUUCUCCCACACCCCUCAGCAUCACCCAUUAUUUUGUGGCAUUGGAAAAACUAUUCAGCUUGUGCAAACCUGCUGUCACUGGUGGAGGAGACAAGAUCGAUGGGGCCCAUUUUUACACUGAUGACAACACCUAUGAAUUAUGGGCACAGAUUCACAACAGCAUGGAUGAUGUGGACAAGAACUCAUAUGAGGAUUUCAAGACCAAAAUACUGAAGUACUAUCCUGGUGCUGUGAACAAUGAACACCAGUAUGCAACUCAGGACCUCAAUGACCUUGUUCACAAGUGGCAACACCACAUUAAGACCAAGGGCAAAUUUGCUGAAUUCUACAGGGACUUCUACUCAAUUUCUACAUGGCUCAUCAAGCACAACUGGAUUUCUGUUCUCAACCAACAGAAGUCCCUCCUCUGUGUACUCAAAUUCCUGCCCACCAAAAGCUGA